CCCCAGCUUCCCGCCCCACGGCCGCGCUAAGAUACACGAUAAGCCCGUGCGUCACGGUGCAAUACGAUUAACAACACCUUCGCCACCUACAACUCCUCACCUCACUCUACCUCUACACUUAAUAGAAACUCACCAUGUAACCCCUCACUACCACCGCCAAAAUGCACAUCCCGACAGCAGCAGCACUCCCCCUCCUUCUUCUGCUCUCCACCACCUGCGCAACCGUCGCAGGAGGUGAAGGUGAUAGGACGGUAUCUGAAGCGCUCUUCGCGGAUCUAGAGGAGGCGGCACGGUUAGCUGAUAUAGCGUACUGCGUCGGCAUAUCGGGGAUCUGGAAGCCCUUCGGAUGUCUGAGCCGGUGUAGCGAUUUUGAGGACUUUGAAUUGGUUGAUACAUGGAACACCGGACCCCUGCGCUCAGACUCAUGCGGUUACAUCGCCCUCGACCACGCGAAAAAACGGAUUGUGGUUGCGUUUCGGGGGACGUAUAGUCUUGCGAGUGUGCUGGCUGAUUUGGCCACUACGCCACAAGUCUACGUCCCAUACCCCGAACCCCCCCCUCCCCCUCCUCCUCCUCCUCCUUCGAAAUCCAAGCCGCGACGGAGAGGGGGGUGGUUUGGAUGGAUCCCCAGGUUCGGCGAGCGCACACAACAGGACAUCCUAGCGACUGCCGUGGGGGAUGGAGAUGGAGAUAAACACGGAGAUGAGAGGCCGGUCUGCACAAACUGUACCGUCCACGCCGGCUUCCUCAAAUCCUGGUCACACACCCGUCCCUUCCUCCUUUCCCACCUAACGCGUCUCGCGCGCGUCGUCCCGGACUACGAAAUCCACCUCAUAGGCCACAGUCUCGGCGGCGCGCUUGCGGCGCUGGCGGGGUUAGAGUUGAGGGCGGGGGGGGUGGAGGUGGUGGUUACCACGUUUGGGGAGCCGAGGAUUGGGAAUAAGGGGUUGGUGGGGUAUUUGGAUUCGGUUUUUGAGCUUGCUGGGGAGGAUGGAGAAGGGGGGGAGGGGGGUAUGGAGGGAGGAAGGUUCAGAAGGGUUACGCAUGUAGGUGACCCCGUCCCGCUCCUGCCGCCAGAGGAAUGGGGGUAUGCGAUGCAUGGGGGGGAGAUUUAUAUUUUGCGCCCUGGAUUACCGGUUGGGCUGGGGGAUGUGGAGAGGUGUGUUGGGGAUGCGGAUGGGAGGUGUAUCGCUGGCUCUGACGGCGGUGUCCUGGAUGGGGAAGCUGUGGCUGUGGCUGUGGCUGGAGCGGCGGCGGAGGAGGGGGAGGGGGAAGGGGAGGACGCGACGGUGGUGCUGGUGGAUGAGACGGUUGUGGAUGGGAAGGGAUGGGGAGUGCCGGCGAGGUUUCGCGUGGGACAGAUUCUGUUUGCGCAUCGGGAUUAUUUCUGGAGGGUUGGGGUUUGUGUUCCGGGUGGGGAUCCGGCGGGGUGGGGGAGGGGGUGGUAUAGGGGUGAUGGGGGUGAUGGUGGUGGUAUGAGUGGGAAGGCGGCUGGCGAUGAGUUGUAGGGGGAUGGUUGGCGGGUUGCUUAUCAUACUAGUCUUCUGUGUAUAGAUGGGACUAUACCUGGGGCGUUGUUGGGAUUGGGCAACGCAGCUGACGACGACUCAUACUGGCUGGGCGUGGAGGGGGGGGGACAGGGCUGGGUGUUUUGGAUGGAGAGGG